AUGGCGGUGGGCGAGCUCGUCGGAGCUGGAGAUGAUGGCGGCGGUGGGGGAGAGGGGAGGAGGGCCGCCGCCGCGGGCGCUAAGCGCCGGCGGGAUCGGCUCCCCACCCUCGGCCUCCCCCGCGUCCGCCUCCGGUUCCCUCCCCGCCGUCCUCUCCGAGCUCGCCGCCCUCCACCGCCCCGCGUCCUCCUCCUCUGCCACCUCCCCGCCCUUGUCCCUGCCCUCCAUCACGUUCCUCUCCUCCGGGCCCCGCCGCCGUCGCGUCCAUCUUCCCCCGCCUCGCCGAGGCCGGCGUCCCCCUGCGUCCUCCUUGCUGCCCCGCUCGAGGCCUCGCUCUCCGCGCACCCGCUCCCCGCCGCCGUCGCCUACCUCCGCCUCCUCCUCGCCCCGGCCUCCCCGCUCCUCACCCUCUUCUCCCCGCUCCCCUUCCUCUCCCUCCUCCUCGCCAUCCGCAAGGCCGCCGCCGCCGCGGCCGCCUCCGGCGCCGGCAGCGCCGCCUCCAACCCUAGCUCCGGUUCCGGCGCCGCCUCCAACCCCCGCAAGCGCAAGAACCAGCGCCAGAAGCCGCCGGCGGCCCCGCGGGCGGCGCAGUCGCUGCUCCCGAAGGCGCUCUCCCUGCUCGCCGACGCCGCGGGGAGGCUGCCGCUCGGGGCCCACCCGGACGCGCGGCGGUCGCUCGUCGACACCGCCGCGGAGCUCGCGGCGUUCGACGUCCUCGCCGCCGUCCUUGGAUCCGACUACCACGCCGGGGCGGUGCAGGACGUGAUACGCGCGCUGGCCCCGGUGGUGCUCUCGGCCACGAAAUCCGCGGCACGGGUGGCCGCGGUGCAGUUCCUCGUGAGGAAGUUGGUGCCUUUGGGUGGCGAGGAAGGGGAGGAAGCAGUUAGGAAGGCAGUGGGGUACCUUCCUAGGUACUUGGCCGCGAAGGCGCCGGACAAGGCGGAGGCCAGGGCACUGGCGGUGGAAGCCAUAGUCGAGGUGGUGCGGGCAUUGGAGGCAGAAGUAAGGGAGGGAUUUGCAGGGUAUGUUGUGGCCAUGGCAAGGGGCAAGGCAAAGGGACGACUGCUUGCUGUGGAUUUGGUCCUCGCCUUGCUCCCAGUGCUGUUACCAUCUGAAGGGGAUGACUGUGAUACAGAGGACUCUUGGGGGCUGAAGUUUCUGCGGCUGUUGGUGGAGAGGUGCUCAGAUAGCGUGGGAGGGGUUCGAGCUCGGGCGUUAACGAAUGCAGCCCAGGUGCUUGAUGUUUUGUCUGAGAGAGGUGUGGAGGUUGACCGGUUGCAGGAGGUGAUGAGGAUUGGGGACAUGGGGCUUGGGGAAUUGCUGAGACGACGCUGCACCGAUGAUAAGGCUGCUGUGAGGAAGGCUGUGCUUGUGCUCAUCACAAAGGCAAUCGGUUUGAUUGGGAGACCCAUGGAUGAGUCUCUUCUUUGUGCAAUGGGCACUGCAUGCUCUGAUCCAUUAGUCAGCAUCCGCAAGGCUGCUCUUGCUGCCAUCUCAGAGGUGUUUAGGAAAUUUCCUGAUGAGAAAGUGAUGAAAGAGUGGCUUCAGGCUGUGCCUCCACUGGUGAUUGAUAGUGAGACAAGCAUCCAGGAGGAAUGUGAAAACCUGUUCCUUGAACUGGUGCUUAACAGGAUCUGCCAAGCUGCCAAAUCGAAACUAGAUGAUGAUUCCAUCACCUUGGAGGAAGUUUUCCCUGAAGGGACACUGGAAUUGCUGAAAAGCAUCUGUGAUGGAGAGGUUGCUCCAUGCAUAAAGAAGAUAUGUGCAAGCCUUGGGAAGAAGAAGAAGCUGAAACCACUACUUGCUAGCUCACUGCAGAACAUCAUAACACUAUCUGAAUCCUUGUGGUCGAGAAAUUUUGACUGGAAGUUCCUCUCCCACCACUGGAAACUCCUUGACAAUGUUGGCCAAGACGACAGAGGUAAAGCUUGUUCUCAAGUGGAACCAAACUCUGCGCUCUGGGCAGUCAAUCGUGUGUCACUCUUGCAAACCAUUUCAAAUGUCUCCAUGGAGCUGCCUGUGAAACCUGCAGCAGAAUUGGCACAGAGCUUGCUCACAAGGAUUGAGGAUUUUGAUAUGAACCUGAGUGAGGUUGAUGCGCAUGUAAAAGCACUGAAAACUUUAUGUAAAAGGAAAGCAAAAUCAGCUAAUGAGGGUGAUGCACUGAUCCUGAAGUGGGCGCAGCAACUUAUCUGUAGUGCUUUUGACAUCCUUGACCAGUACAUAAAAGAGGCAUCCGAAUCAGCCAGGGGUCACAGUUUCGUUACUCCUAUGACUGGCAAACGCAAGGGAAUGAAACAGACAUCUGCAUCAAAGUCAACAUUACGUGCAGUUGUUGCUGUGUUCACUGUUGGAUCACUGAUCCUAGCUUGUCCUACUGCUGAUGUGAAGGACAUCACCCCUUUGCUACACACAAUUGUAACUUCUGGAAGUUCUGAGCCAAGGCCAAAAAACCUUGUUGGUGGGACCAUUUCUUUCAAAGAGUUAGCUCCAUCAUUAUAUAUACAAUCGUGGGAUACAUUAGCAAAAAUAUGCCUUGUAGAUGACAAAGUGGCCAAACGGUACAUUCCAAUUUUUGUUCAGGAGCUUGAGAGGAGUGAUAUGGCUACCCUUCGGAAUAAUAUCAUGAUUGCGAUGGCAGACUUCUAUAUCCGUUAUACUGCAUUGGUUGACUGUUACAUGUCAAAAAUAACAAAAUCACUCCGUGAUACCUGUGAAGUAGUACGGAGACAAACAUUUAUCCUACUCUCUAAGUUGCUGCAGUUGAUGAGUCUGAGAAGAUUAGGCAUUUGGCUGAUUACCUUUUGGGAACAUCUUAAAAGUGGCACUGACGAAAGAUCGAGAUCAAAACGAAUGCACAUUUAUGUCUCUUUGCUGAAACAAAUGGCACCAGAGCACCUUUUAGCCACGUCGGCCAAGUUAUGUGCUGAGAUCUUGGCAGCUGUUUGUGAUGGAUUGCUCAGUGUUGAUGAUGCUGGUGGAAGGGCUGUACUUCAGCCUGGGUUUUUGAUUCAUGCUUAUGUUUUUCUCAACAGGAUGCUCUGCAGAUACUGGCUUGCAAGGAGAUGCGCAUCCACCCCAACAUCUUGUCAGAUAAUUCCGAGAUGGACGAGGAAGGCGGCGAGGGGGGCAACGGCCAGCGCGCUCCUGGCGGCCAAAGGGAGGGCGGUGACCCAGGUCGCGAAGAAGAACCUGAUCCAGAUCGCAGUCCCGAUCUUCAUCGAGCUGAAGCGGCUGCUGGAGAGCAAGAACAGCCCGCUGAUCGGGUGCCUGAUGGAGUGCCUGCGCGCCCUGCUCAAGGACUACAAGAACGAGAUGGAGGAGAUCCUGGUGGCGGACAAGCAGCUCCAGCGUGAGCUCCUCUACGACAUGCAGAAGUACGAGGCAGGCAAGGGGAAGGGCAAGGCUGCCGCGCAGGCCGAGGCCGAGGCUGGUCCCAGCGGCACCGGCAGGUCCCCUGCUGGUGAAUCUGCGAGAGCCACUGUCAGGUCGGUGCUGAAGGAGGUGAACCUGAAGGCGCCGACGCCGCCGCUGCACUCGAUGAGCGUGCCCAAGGUGAAGUCCAUUCUGGGCAGUGCUGGGCCGGGCUCUCUGCGCCCCGAUGUCCUGGAGUCGGUCAGGCGGCUUCAGCCGUUUGAGUCGGACGAUGAGAGUUAG